AAGCCGUCACUAUGUCUUAUGUUAUUAAUGUCAUCGCACAAGGUGACUCCUUCCCAGAAGACUCUCUCGCCAAGGUUGAAGAAUUCCUUGCCGGUGUCCAGAUCUCUACCAAGGUGUUAAAUGCCUGUAGAGCAGUGGAUUAUGAAUUUUUCUUAGACAUUUCCGAGGUGGAAGCCUUCAGAGCCAAUUUCAAAGUCCACAGUUUUCCAAAGGGCCUCGACGUUUCAUUCCAGACGAACAUUCCGGCUUUCCGCAGACAGAAGAAGUUGUUUGUCUUUGACAUGGAUUCCACGUUGAUCUACCAGGAGGUGAUUGAGCUCAUCGCUGCGUACGCUGAUGUCGAAGAUAAGGUGGCCUAUAUCACUACUCAGGCCAUGAAUGGUGAAAUAGACUUUUCCGAGUCGUUGGCGUUGCGUGUAAAGUUGUUAACAGGGAUUCCUGCCGGGAAGUUGUGGGACGAGUUAAAGCUGAAAAUCCAGAUCACCCAGGGGGCGAAGGAAUUGUGCAUUGCCUUGAAGAGACUCGGUUGUGUGAUGGCCGUCUGUUCCGGCGGCUUCUUGCCGUUGGCUAACCACAUCAAGGAAACUUUGGGAUUAGACUACGCUUUUGCGAACCAGUUGGCUGUAGAUGAUGCCACCAACACCUUGGCCGGCCAUACAGUUGGGGACAUUGUGGAUGGCAAUAAGAAGGCCGAGUUGUUGAAAACGAUUGCACAGGACCACGGAAUUGACACUGACUUGGCGGUGGCGGUGGGCGACGGUGCCAACGAUCUCUUGAUGAUGGCUAAGGCCGGUUACGGUGUUGCGUGGAACGCAAAAUCAAAGGUCCAAGAUCUAGCUCCGUGCCGUUUGAACUCCAAGUCGCUCUUGGAUAUUUUGUAUAUUUUGGGGUACACCGAGGCUGAGAUCAGAGAGUUGACCGUUUAGGAGAGUUAUAGAAUAAAUCCAUUGAAGGGAUUUGUCGGUUAAAAGGGUCUAAAAGGUUGUAGAGUAUUGGAUACAGCUGGAUGAACUGAACGAUAGUUAUUUAUGAAGUCAAAGCCAGCCAAUCUUGUUAAUGGGCGUAUAAUCGUAGAUAUUGCCAGAUCUCGGGAUUUGUCUCGUUCCUCAGUGUAUGGUCUAUAAAUA